UGGAUAAAACCUGUAAAGCAUUUUAAAAGAUAUCUAUAUUAUCAGAUAUCUGGUCAAGGUGACCAGUUUCACGUCAAAAUAAUUUAUCAAAACGUCCAGAAACUUCUUAAACUAAUCUUUCAGCUUGACAAAUUACUCCACUGUCCAGUUUAUGCUCAGUAUUUUCCAAACACAGACAUAUUCGCCAGAAUAAGUCAGAAAUAUUGGUAUAUGGCGUCCUAGACAUGCUAGCGCGGCUAGCUAGCUAGUUACGUUAGUAACGUAAAAUACGUGCGUCAAGCAUCAACAAAAAAAAACCUAACGGCAAGGUAACCAAAGGUAACGGCGAGAAUACGCUAGCGUCAACCACGGGCCGCUUAUUUAGCCAUAUUUUAUGUCAUAUUUUGAUGAAACUGUGAUUAUUUGUUACAAAUGACAACACUAAUGGACGGUUGAGAGGUGGAGCCUGCAGCAGUGAGUUGGAGAAAAAACAUUAAAAUGUUAAGUUAGCCGUUGUAAACUCCUUGUCAGUAACAGUUACACUGGAGAUACGGGCUAGCUUACAAUCAUUGUUUUGUACAUUGACUGUAUGCAAAUAUAUUUAUAUACAACACAAGAAAAAUACAGUUAAACUACAUUUCUGUGUAUAUAAAUGUAAAAAAAAUUAAAAGCAAUGCUAAUUUUAAAUAGACACGAAGCAUUAUCUGAAAAUAAAACGUUUACAUUUUGGUUCAAGGAGACAAUGCUAGCUAAUGCUAAUGCUAAGUCUUUCAGAAAAAUGGACGCUUUUUCAGAGCCACCUGUCGAGCCCACAGGAGACCCUUCCUGUGCAGACGAGUUCCUUCUGUAAUGUGCAGAGUAGCUGCGUGAGAAAAAACUGUGACCCAAUGACACCAGCUGGCCAAUCUCCCUCUGCUGGCUACUGAGAAACAGACCUAUCCCAGUAUGGAAGUUCUGCUCCACCCUCCCGGUCCUGUUACUUCCAGUAUGUAGACCUCUACGAGAUACAGUUACAGUCCUCUGCACAGAGAUCGGAGAACGUGACAGUUAAGAUCACAGAGUCCAAAAUGUGAGUGUUAAUGCUGUGCAUCCAUGUGUCAAGACAUCUGUGUGUUUUUCUCAGAGAGAGUGUGUGAGAGAAUCAACAAAUCUGUGUGUUUUGAAAUAAGCUCUGUUCUCAUCAGCACAGGCAUAAUCUCUUUAUGAAUGCCCCAAUUACUGCACUGUCCUGAUCCUACAGUAAAGCACUCUAUUCAUCACACACAACAAACAGAGGGAAAUACAGGGAGAAUUCAGUGCAAGAGUAGGAAACAGCUCAGAAUUAGAAAGUAGAAAAACCAUUGAUACUGCUCAGUAUGAAGUUUAGAUGUCCUUGAAUUAUCCAUGAGUGUGACUCUGUUGCUGUUUGUUUCACUUGAAAAGCAGAAGACACCAGAGCAGUUGAUACCACUGUAGAUUUCUGUUACGUUUUCUUUCAAAGUAUAUUUUCUAUUAAUAGUUCACCUACUAAAUUUAUAGUGUCGAGCUAUAAUUCAUAUUGGUAGUGGUACGCCGUGUCAGCAGAUGCAUUUUUAGACUGUGCAAUGCAGGUCCUGCAAACUGAGAGACAGGAACAGGUGCAUCUUUAUCACCAAACUGACAAAAUUAUAAAACUGAGCCAUUUGUCUGCCAUGUAUCUCAGUGAAGAUCAGUUUUGUUCUUGUUAUAUGUCUUUGGUUUAGUUUGCUUCUUUGACUUUUCUGUUUAUGUUUAUUUGUUUAAUUGCUUAUUGAUUGGGUCAUUAUUUGCACUUCUGUUGUGGAUUACAUAAUAUCUUGUAAUAUCCUAUUCUGUUGCUGUGAAUUGUAAAAACAAACAGGCUGUAGUUGUUUAAUUUCAGUAUGAGUGAACAUACUUGACAUGCUUUACUGCUGCACCUUUUUAGUGUGCUCUUCCUUUUUUUCGCUGAUGUUGAUGCUGAUGAACUUGUGGUUACUUGUGGUGAGAAUGCCACAAUAGAUUAACAUGUUAAAACCAACGUCUGAAUGUGUAGCUUCCUCCGCUUUGACUGUGUCAAAAACACACCCAAAAACCCUCCGUGCAGGUUUACGGUUUAUAUGUGUGCAACACUCUAGCUGCUUUGAAAUAACAAUUACUGUAUCAGAAGCAGCUGUCAUUGGUCAUUUCUUUUAUUAGAAAGUAUUGUCAGAAGGUGUACAAAAGUGCAUCAUUUUCUUCAUAGGCCACAUAUAAAACACAGAUGUUAAAAACACAUGAUGAGCUACAAAUGUAAGCUCAAAUGCAAGAUGAGAUUCAGUUACACUUUUUAUCCAAAUAACAUCACAGACUACAUUGUGAUUCAGCACACAUUCAAGGACAAUGUAGAAAACAAAGCACUUAUAUUUAUCAUAGUAGUACAGAAGUUUAAAAACUGGUAAAACACACACACAAAUUUACUCAAAUAUUUCAUACUGUAUUAACGCACUUGCAUUCGUAAAAUGAGACUAAAUAGAUAACACACUUUGCUUUUUCUGCCUUUUGUCAGCAUAAUUUAAAAAGACUAGUAAACGUGAACAUUUUUCCAACAGUGUUAAAGGAGGUACAUCAAAAAAAGAAAGACAGUAAUCAAGGCUCCUCAGACGUCAUUUGAAUGCACUAUCAUGUAUUAUAAUCAUCACCUGUAGUGUGAAUGCUUUCAUAACAAAUACAUUCUUCUAAUAAAACAAAAUAUGUAUUUUAACCAAAGUUUUACAGUAAUACCAAUUAGUGUGAUGAAGUUAUAAAUUGGUGCAUUCAAUGUUGUGAAUGGAAGAGUAUCACGAGUGUUAACAGCUGAGGACCUUCAGCCUCCACAGAUGUUGCUGAGGCCUGAGUACAGUUAAAAUGAACACAGACUGGAUUUCAGGGAUCAGAUAAUGACUAGUCAAAAUACCACACCAUAAAAAAAAUCCCCUUAGAGUCCCUUUUUUUCACAGUUCCCAAAAAUAUCAGUUGUCUGUUUCGUUGUCUGUACACAUUGCUGGACAAAUUAUCCAAGCGUUUGCACUUUGAUGUAAAAGCUAAAAACAGUGAAUUAAUAAAACAACCUGGUGCAAAUAUUACACUCUGUAGACCAAUGAAAAAUCCAGUCUAACUGGAUAAAAGUGUGGCCUUGGAGAGGUGUUUCUUAUAAACAUUGUGUCAGCAUGCAGACAGGUCUGAAGGAGCUGCCCUGAGGGAGUCCUUGGUAUCAGUCGUCGCCCAGAGGAUACGUGGUGAUACUCGCACAGGAACACAAAUUAUGUUCAACACAACAACAACAAACGAAAACUGUAUUUUAGUUACAGCUUGGCCUCACACAAUUUAAAAAGAAAUCUCAAUCCUUCAUCUCAGUGGUUCUCAGCCUGGUAGUCAGGAUCCUCAGAGUGUCAAGGUGGUUCAUGUGGAAACAAUUACUAUUAUAACAAAUUGCAAAUGAAUAUUUUUAAUUAUUUGAUCAAAGUAUAACAGCUGAAUUAAUCAAAUAAACAUCACAAGGACAACCUUUGCUGCUCUGCUAGCAUCAAAGGUACUGCUUUGUUUUAAGGAAUGAUCUAACAGGUUGAGAACCAGUGCUCUUUUUGAAAGAGACCCUUGUACAAAAUGUGAUCAAAUGAAAGUGAAACACGUGGGAUGUGUCGAAGCUUUAGCUUCUACGGUAGAUAGGACGUACAAUCUGGGAUCAUGUUAUAGCACCACUGUUGUUUUAAUGAGGUCACUUCCUGUGUGGUGGUCUCUCACUUCCUCCUUCGGCCACAGUAUUUACCCUGACAUCCAGCGCCUAAAUAACACAAAAGACAAAAUUAUUCUUCACUUGACAUACAAAAUACAUUUUGUGUGUGUUAAAAGUGUAUUUUAAAACCUGUUGAAUAGUUCAACUAUAAAACAUGCCUCCUCUGUGCCUUCACAGAGAAGUCUGAGUUAACUGAAGGACUUGUUGAGUUUGUUGUUGAAGUUCAGUGACUUUAAAACAGUUGGUAAACUUAAGACAUCAAAUUAAGUCAAAAACUGUUAAAUUAGACUUGACAUUCAUAAUAGGCAGAUUUGCUUUCCUGAUAACGUUAUCUCAGUUUUAAACGGUCAGUUCUUCAUUUGCCUUACAGCCUCACCAAACCUAGAGUUCCUGUAUUUGUGGCUGUAAGACUAUGUGGCAAAUCUCAACCACUUUUUUCCACAGAACUUUCUGUUAUAAUCAUCAUACGGUGCAAGCCCGGAAGUGUAAUAUGCUAACUGUGUGUCUUAAUUUUAGUCAACAGUUGGUACAUUUUUUGUUGACUGGACGUGACUAUAUUUCACUAGAUUUAAGUAUGAUGUUUUACAGUGUUUACACGCAUGAUAGAUAUGACUUAGUGUAAAGUAACACAGUGUGUAUGUGUAUGAUUUUACCUCUGUAGCCCCCAGCUCCCAGUAAGGCCUGCAUGGCUGCAUAUUUGGCUGCCUUCUGGGCCUUGGCUGUAGGACAAGAAAGUAAAAAGUAUAGUUAUUCUGCAGAUGUAUUCAAGCUCUCUACAAUAAUACCCUGCACCAGUGAUUAUAAAAACACAGUACAUGAGUCCUUUUUCCAAAAACACAUUUAAAAAUUAUCAUACUUUUAGAUUGUGUUUCUUAUUUAAUUGACAAGAUUAUUACAAGAUAUCUUUAAAUGUAUUUAAAUGUUUUAUUUACUUGCAAAGUAACAAGAAUAGAAUGGGCGAUCGUCAUCCAGAUCAUUAUGUGUCAGCAUGUGCUGUGUGUAUAGUAAAUCUGUGGUGAUGCUGGACAUAUGUGUGUUAAGAGACCAAAACUAAUUAGAGCAUGCCUAUCCCAGAGGACACAGUGAGUUUUCUUACAUUUUUGCCCGGCUCCCGUAUAUCCUAGAGAACAAUAACAGGAAAGACAAAGUUAUAAUAAACAAUUGGUAAUCUUUACAAUGGUCUAAUCUAGCCUUGGUGUUAUCUCAGCAAUGACAUGAAUGAAAAUAUGCCAAAACAAAUAUUCACCAUGUAAGGCCUGACACUCAGAAAAAAGAAAAAAGGAAACAGUUUCCUUCUUUUGUGCAUGUGUUGAUCCCUUUUGUCUAUAUUUUCAAUGCAUCUUAUCAUUAAAAAGAGUAUGCUGAAUGUCAGAAAGAGAGAAUAUAGUGUGACAAAGUCUCUGCUAUACCUGGAUAGCCUCCACCAGCUACACCACCAUACCCUGGGCCAACACCCCCUGCUGGAACAAUGGACACAUUACAACUUGUACACAACACUCCUCUGAGACAGGAGGCAUGCUAGUGCAUUUAAACUGACCUGGUAAGCCGCCAAGUCCUCCUCCUACUCCCCCUGCUCUUCCUGCUACACUUCCUGAACAGGUAUGAGUAUAGAAAUGUGGAGAAAUUAUUUAAGAACUUUGGAACCACAGAAGAUAAUCAUGACAUUCAGUAUACUGUGAAAAAUGUGGUGCUAGUUCAAUUGUUGUCAAGUAAAAAUCUCAUUACUCCAAUUGUUCCUCAUAUUUUUAUUAUUGUAAUAUGUAUGUGUAUUUAUAUGUUUUUUGUAGUUAAUAUUUUCUUUUACAAACAAGUAACUCACCUUGGCCAACUCCACUGAUUCCUCCUGUUCCUGCACCAGGAAGCCCUCCUCCUACACCACCUGGUGAAUAUACAGUCCAUAUCCGCCAGCCCCACCAGGUCUAAAACCCCCUGGCCCAGUUCCAGCACCUCCUGGGCCAUAACCUCCGGGUCCAGCACCUCCUGGGCCAUAACCACCCGGUACAGCACCUCCUGGGCCAUAACCACCAGGUCCAGCACCUCCUGGGCCAAAACCACCAGGUCCAGCACCUCCUGGGCCAAAACCACCAGGUCCAGCUCCAACUCUACCAGGACCAGCUCCUGCACCUCCUCCUAAUGCCCCUGUUGGCCACCUGGUCCAAAGCCUCCUGUUCCUGUCCCAGCACCACCUGGUCCGAAGCCUCCUGUUCCUGUACCGGCACCACCUGGUCCAAAGCCUCCGGUUCCUGUCCCAGCACCACCUGGUCCGAAGCCUCCUGUUCCUGUACCGGCACCACCUGGUCCAAAGCCUCCGGUUCCUGUCCCAGCACCACCUGGUCCGAAGCCUCCUGUUCCUGUGCCGGCACCACCUGGUCCAAAGCCUCCGGUUCCUGUCCCAGCACCACCUGGUCCGAAGCCUCCUGUUCCUGUGCCGGCACCACCUGGUCCAAAGCCUCCGGUUCCUGUACCAGCCCCACCAGGCCCAUAUCUGCUAGGUCCAGUACCUGCUCCACCAGGUCCAACACCUGCACCUGGAAAACAGCCACAGUCCUUGACCUCCUGCAGUAUAGACACCAGGAACGGCCCCUGCUCCACUGGGACCAUAGCUGCCUGGUCCUGUGCCAACACCACCUGAUCCAAAACCACCGGGCCCAGUUCCGACACCGCCCACUCCAGAUCCGACACCGCCAACUCCUGUCCCAGCAGUGCUCGGCCUGUAUCCACCUGGUCCAGUGCCAGCAAGUCCAUAACUACCAGCCACAGGACCACCAGGCCCAUAGCCACCUGGUCCAAAACCUCCUGGACCAGAACCAACUCCACCUGGUCCAGUCCCAUAGCCACCAGGUCCAACUCCAGUACCACCAGCUCCUGCCCCAUAACCUAAAAAUAGAUCAUAGUUCAGUUUCAGUUCUCUGCAUAAAUUAUUGAAUCCAUAUU